UCUGGAGCGAUCACUCCCGCCGCGACUCCGGCGCCGCGAACACGUAAUGCGCGUAUGCUCCGCGAAACACGCCACGCACGCACUUACACGCGCGCGCUGCGCUUCCCGCGCGCCAACACGCGCCAGUUAUGUUACCCGUUCGCUCAGCUGUUAUGUGUUUGUUCCAUUGUGAACGAGUGCGACAUUUAUUCCCGAAGCGUUGACCACCCGCGAACAUAUCGUUCUGUGUAACUAUCGACGUUGGAUGCGUUAAAAUUUCGGGUGGGUCGAGGAGAAUUAUGCGUGGGGCGUGCGCGUGCGCGGUGGUGUGCGCGUUGGUGGCGUUGUGCGCGGCUUCAGGGUUGGACGAGGCGACGCGUGCUGCCGCCGAGAAGCAACUGCUGGCGCUCAUGGGGCUGCCGCGCCGGCCGCCGCCGCGGGCCCGACCGAGCCCGCCCGUGCCGCAGGCCAUGCGCUUGCUGUACGACCGCCGAUCGCGGAUACCCGCCGCCGCCGCUAACACGGCGAGGUCCUAUUAUCACACUCCCACCGAACUCGACGAGCGAUUCCCCGGUGAACACCGCUUUCGUCUGUUCUUCAAUAUAACCGGCGUGCCCAGCGAUGAAGUCGCGCGCGGCGCCGACAUAACUUUUCAACGCGCCUCCGGUGUGGCGGGCAAACAGAGACUCCUCCUCUACGAUGUCGUACGCCCCGGCCGCAAAGGAAAGACUGAACCGAUUCUGAGAUUGCUCGAUUCGGUACCUUUGCGAGCCGGGGAAGGUUCUGUGACCGCCGAUGCACUGAGUGCAGCGAGGCGAUGGCUCAAGGAGCCCCAGCAUAAUCAUGGACUAUUAGUGCGUGUCAUAGAAGAAGGUGCGGAAAGCGAAAGUGUUAAAUUUCCUCACAUAAGAGUACGCCGGCGGGCGAGUGACGAGCACGAAGAGUGGAGUGCCCUUCAGCCGCUCCUCAUGCUGUACACGGAAGACGCGAGAGCGAGAACAGCACGGGAGAACGGAGAGUCGAGACUGACGCGUAACAAGCGCGGGACUCGUAAAGGACACCGGCCUCACCACAGGCGCAAGGAAGCUAGAGAAAUUUGUCAGCGCCGGCCCUUAUUCGUCGACUUCGCAGACGUCGGUUGGAGCGACUGGAUCGUCGCUCCGCAGGGCUACGACGCGUACUACUGCCAGGGGGACUGCCCGUUCCCUCUCGCCGACCAUUUAAAUGGUACCAAUCACGCAAUUGUACAGACUCUCGUCAAUUCAGUGAAUCCGGCAGCGGUGCCGAAAGCGUGUUGUGUUCCCACCCAACUUUCCUCUAUUUCUAUGUUAUAUAUGGACGAAGUGAACAAUGUGGUGCUUAAAAACUAUCAGGACAUGAUGGUGGUAGGAUGCGGCUGCCGAUGACGAAGGCCCCGACCCAGUGCGGACCUAGUGAUAUUUUGUGGACCCAGUGUACAUAUAGUUGUGGCCUCGAAAAUUGUACAUAAUCUAUCUGUAUAUACAUAUUCGUGUAAUUAUUAUUUUAUUGAAACGAUAAUGAUACAAUAAAAGAUAAAAUUUA